UCAUCAUCUUUUGGUGAGAUACUGAAGUCUAGAUACCAUUCUAAGAUCAGCCAAGACCCUUGCAGGGUUGUAGACCACUAAGUCUUGGUAGAAUGAACAAGGCCUGGCUUGCCUUUUCUUGCCUGUGAUCUCCCCUCAAAGGAGAGCUUGAGCUCUUGUUCUAGAAAGGUGAUGAAUUGAUGACAAAUCCACCUCUCAGGAGGGUGACCUGGGGGAAGUGCAGACAGAACCCUAGGUAACCCACAGAAGGGGCUACAAUAUGCAAAUAAGAGGACUGUGGUAUUCUCCCUGAUUGGCUGACAAGGCCUUGAUGUCACAAUGGGUAGUAUCUGGCCACUCUAAAUGAUUAUGCCUCUAGCACAAACAACUCAUUGAUCAGGCAUUCUCUUGGCUCCCUCUCUUGAGGAAGUAAGGCAAUGGAACCCCUCUUUCAGGCUGGCUCCAUUCUCAUGAAAGUCAAUACUUUACAAGGGCAGAAGAUGGUGGAGAGUGGUCUGCAGUCCGGAGACUUUUCCCUCUCCCAGUCGUGGCCCUCCUGCCUUCUACCCCCGGCUGACUUGGAGAGCCUUCAGCAGAAAGUGGCCUUGGUUCAGCGGGAGCUGGAGGACUUCAAGAAGGAGGUGUUGAAGGCCAUUGGCUAUCUAGAAGAUGCCUUCUGCGAGAUGAACAGCAUCCUGACGCAGCAAGAGGAGCAGGCGGCCCGCGUGAAGCAGAGGCUGAGGGAAGAGGAGGACCGAGGCAUCGUGCGCAACAAGGUCCUCACUUUUUUGCUGCCAAGGGAGAAACAGCUUCGGGAGCACUGCCAGCGGCUGGAGCACCUGCUGCUAGGCCGAGGCCAAGACCUGCAGGCCAUCACCAGGAACAUCCAGGCAGAGUGA